UAAACCGCCAUAUAAGAAUGCACAUUUAUGUCAUCUUACAAUUUGACUCGCAACCCAAAUUCAAACAUUUUUUUUUGCAUAUUUUUUCAUUCUCCAUUUUCCUGAUUCUUCGUGAAAAUAGCAAUUACACCAACAUCAAAUCAUUAAAUUACGAUUUAUUAUUUAAAUUUUUUUUAUAUGAUUUUCAAUUGGUUUUGAUUUAUAUUCCAAAAUAAUUUUUGGAUGCGACGAUCAGAUUUGAUUAAUUUUGAGAAACUGGGAUUAUUUUAUUUGUCAUUUCUGGAUUAAUUAAGGUUGAAUUAUGCGUGGCGACGCAUCCUCGGAGCAAGAACUGGACGAUUCCGACGCUGAGUUUGUUGAGGUUGAUCCAACUAAUCGCUACGGUAGGUAUAAGGAAAUCCUAGGAAGAGGGGCUUUCAAGAAAGUAUACAGAGCAUUUGAUGAGUUAGAAGGAAUAGAAGUAGCUUGGAAUCAAGUUAAGGUUUCAGAAUUACUGCGAAAUUCAGAAGAUUUGGAACGACUCUAUUCUGAGGUUCAUCUUCUUAAGACCUUGAAGCAUAAGAACAUUAUCAAGUUCUUUAAUUCUUGGGUUGACACAAAGAAUGAGCAUAUCAACUUCAUUACUGAGAUCUUCACAUCCGGCACCUUGCGCCAAUACCGACAGAAGCAUAAGCGUGUUGACUUGAGGGCACUGAAGAAAUGGUCUAGACAAAUUUUAGAAGGGCUUCAGUAUCUUCACAGUCAUGAUCCUCCUAUUAUACAUAGGGAUCUUAAGGGCGAUAACAUAUUUGUGAACGGUAAUCAUGGUGAACUGAAAAUUGGUGAUCUUGGAUUGGCUGCUAUUCUUCACCAUGCCAACGCGGCACAUAGUGUCAUUGGUACACCGGAAUUUAUGGCUCCAGAGCUUUAUGAGGAGGAGUACAAUGAGCUUGUUGAUAUCUAUGCCUUUGGCAUGUGUUUGCUGGAGUUAGUGACUUUUGAGUACCCUUAUAUUGAAUGUAGCAAUGCUGCUCAAAUAUAUAAGAAAGUGACAAAGGGAAUUAAGCCUGCAUCUUUGGCAAAAGUGACAGAUCCUGAUGUCAAAGCUUUUAUAGAGAGAUGUAUAGCUGAUGUUGGAGAAAGACUGUCCGCCAAAGACCUUUUAAUGGACCCUUUUCUGUCAGAAGUGAGUCCUGAGAUCACUGCACAUUCAUCACAUGUUAAUAUUCCGCAUUUAGAUUCAGGUUCAGAGGCUAGUCAUAGCAGGUCUGAUAUUGAUAGAAGUAGUUUGUUACACGAUACUAAUCAUGGGCCUAGUAUAGACCUUACUGUACAAGGAGAACGGAAAGAUGUCAACACUGUAUUUAUAAAAUUGCGAAUAGCUGAUUCUACAGAUAAAUGCCGCAAUAUUCAUUUUCCAUUUGACAUCGAAAACGACACGUCAAUUGCAGUUGCUAGUGAAAUGGUUAAUGAACUUGACCUAACAGAUCAAGAUAUUACAACCAUUGCUGACAUGAUUGACUCUGAAGUUCGGGCUUUGGUUCCGGAUUGGUCACCUAAGGAAUCAUCUGGUGGCGAUUCUGCGUUUGAUACCCACACAACUGACUCUAAGGAGGAUUCAUCUCCACAUCAUUCCCUUGAAAAUAAGGAUGAUAUGUCUCCUUUAGCAAAUGCAUCAUCCUUCUUUACAAGCAGUAUUUUUCCAGAUCAAUUGCCUUCUGGUCGUGUGUUCUGGUCCGACUCUCCAAAAACUGGUGGUGGGUUAUCACCAGCUGAGAGUAGCCCUAAAUGCCCCUCUGAAACUAUUGAAGACAAUGAAAGUUCUCCUCAGAAAAACAAUCUGCCUGAACUAGAGACUGACAAAGAGAUUUUGACUGAGGGUAUUGAUAAGACAUAUGCCGGACCGGUGUCACAUAAACGUGAUUGCGGUGGGCUCCCACCAAAAAUCCCAUCAAUUUUUCAUUUAGGAAAUGAUAAUGACUUUGUGUUUCUGGAGAAAAAGUCACUUGAAAACCAAAGAAACAUCGAAGUUGGUCAUGAACAAGCAAGAACAGAGGAACUAAAAUGUGGAGAAGAGGUUUGUUAUAGCAAGAAAGAUGGUAUUAUUACUUUUCCAGUUACCCAAAAUGGAGAAGGUGACAACAGUGAAUCUGAAUUGAGGAUCAUUGCUGAUAAACUUGAUCAGUUGUUUGCACAACAGCAAAAACAACUAGAGGAAUUGAAAUGGAAGCAUAAGUUGGAAAUCUCUCAUGUUUUGAAGGAUGUUCCACCUCAAAUGCAUCUGAAAGUGCUUAAGAUGUGUAGCAGGAAGAUGGCAUCUGAUGAUAUGCCUAAUGUAGUUGGGUACAAUGCAGUUGGUGAUAGUUCAAAAGCAUCAGCAAAGAGAAUAUUUACACGUUCGUUGAGUACUCUUGAUAUAUCUAGCUCAAGAACAAGCAAUUUCAAGCAGGAAUCCAUGUCGGAGAUGGGAAUUGCUGUCAUUUUGAAACAUGAUUCAGCAGAAGUGUAGGCCUGUAGCUAUAUCAGUCAAGUAAAGCAAGGCUUUCUGCAAUCUGCAAUCUGCAAUCUGCAACCGUGAUCUUAUUUGUUGCCAUAGUUCGUAGAUGCAAGUCUCUCUGUCAGUAAUCGUCCAUUUACUCUUUGUUACUGACAUAUUUCACAAAAUCAUGUUAGAAUGUUAGAUGCUUGUACAUAGGCUUUGGAUGUGAUUUCUUCAACUUUCCGGAAGGUUGAGCAAGUUGGUUAUGUCUUAAUCAGGUGUCCUGUAUAUCAAGCUAGAAACAUCGAAUUCGAGCAAAAGUUUUGUUCAUUUUUUCCUCCAGUGGGAGUGAGUGAUUUUGAGCAAAAGUUUUGUUCAUUUUUGCCUCCAGUGGGAGUGAGUAAUUUUGAACUGUGUGUUCUAUAAUAAAUUCAUUGAUAAUGAAUGAUCAGGGAUAUUUAUAUUUAUGUUAA